AUGCCAGGGCUGAUUAACCAGACGACCCGCUCCCCGCUCCCCCUCUCCGCGUCGGAGGUGACAUCGUGCGUCAGCGGCUAUGCCUUUGGGAUGACAGCCUUGCUCACCUACCGCAACCCAGAAGCCCAGGCUUUUGAAGGUCUCUUUGUCUACCCCUUGGAUGAGUGCACCACCGUUGUCAGGUUUGAGGCGGCCGUGUCCCGGCGUGCUGUGACAGUGCAGAUCAAAGACAAAGCUAAAAUAGAUGACAUGUAUUUUGACGGCUGCAGCCUCCCCGAUGGAAGAGCUCGCGACGGAAGGGGGUCAGGAAGGAUCAUGAUGGAUGAGGACUUGGAGAGGAUUGUUUUUGUGGCUAACCUGGGCAUGAUUCCUCCUCUGGAAAGCAUCUCCAUCUUCAUCAGCACCUCCUCCGAGCUGCAGACACUGCCCAGCGGGGCUGUGAGGGUCCUUCUGCCGGCUGUGUGUGUCCCCAGGGUCCCCCAGAUGUGCACAGUGUUGACUGGGGUUCAUCUCACCGGCAGGGACAAGCACUACUGUGGAUCGGGGAGCCCGGAGCACGGGAGCAGGUUCUGCCUGGCUCAGCUGCUGGAGAGUGAGGCCACCAACCCCUCUGAGUAUGAAUUCAGCUUCCACCUGGAGAUCCGGGGGCCGUGCUUGCUGGCAGGCGUUGAGAGCCCCACGCACGAGAUCCGAGCAGACGCCGACCCCUCCGCGCGCUCCGCCAAGAGCAUCGUGAUCACACUGGCCAAUAAACACACCUUCGACAGACCCGUGGAGAUCUUGAUCCAUCCAAGUGAGCCCCACAUGCCUCACGUCUUAAUGGAAGAAGGUGAUAUGACGCCUGCAGAGUACGAACGACACCUGAAGGGGAAGAACGAUUUCAUUAAAGGCACUAAGAAGGACCCCAGUGCUGAGAAAAAGAUGGAAAUCAUCAGGAAGCGGCUGAACAAGGACAUCCCCCACCACCCCGUCAUCAUGCUCAACUUCUGCCCGGACUUGAGGACCGUCCAGCCAGACCUCCAGAAAGCCCAAGGAGAGUUUAUCUUCCUCAUAGACCGCAGCAGAAGCAUGAGCAGCGUGAACAUCAACCGCGUCAAGGAUGCCCUGUUGGUCAUUCUCAAGAGCCUGAUGCCAGCGUGUCUCUUCAAUGUCAUUGGGUUUGGAUCCACCUUCAAGACCCUCUUUCCUGCCAGUCAGGCUUACUGCGAGGAAAGCCUGGCCAUCGCCUGCGAGAGCAUCAAGAGGAUCCGGGCUGAUAUGGGUGGCACCAACAUCUUAUCGCCUUUGAAGUGGGUCAUUCGACAGCCCAUCCACAGGGGCCAUCCCCGACUGCUCUUUCUGCUGACGCACGGGGCCAUCAGCAACACGGGGAAGGUCCUGGAGCUGUUGCGAAACCACUCUUGCUCCACCAGAUGCUACAGCUUCGGCAUCGGGCCAAAUGCCUGCAGGAGACUGGUUCGGGGGCUGGCUGCUGUGUCCAGGGGCAUCGCCGAGUUCCUGGCGGAGGGCGAGAGGCUGCAGCCCAAGAUGAUCAAGUCGCUGAAGAAGGCGAUGGCGCCGGUCCUGAGUGACGUGUCCGUGGAGUGGGUCUUCCCCGAGAGCACCGAGGUCUUGGUUUCCCCCAUCAGCACCAGUUGCCUCUUCCCUGGUGACCGCCUGGUCGGCUACGGCAUCAUCUGUGACACCUCCCCGUACAUCUCCAACCCCAGAUCUGACAAGAGGCGACGUUACAGCAUGAUGCGUUCCCAGGAGUCGGGCAGCUCUGUUUUCUUUCACUCCCAGGAGGAGGGAGCAGGCAUGGAGAGCUGGAACCACUCCAGAGACUCGGAGGGCUGCUGCCCCGUCGAGCGUGCCCCCGAUCACCUGGUGGUGGGCAGAGAUCCUGGGGGAGAAUCGGACACAGACACCGGAACGGACGUGAAGGCUUCUUCCAGGAGACGGGCGUACAGCACCACCCAAAUAGCUGACCACGAGCCCUGCAAGAAGGUGCCCACGGCCAGUGAUCCCGGCACCACCCUGGUGAAAAACCCCCUGCGGAAAACCCAGCUGCAGGACCUGCAGCAGGUCAGCCCCGAGCCCUGGCAGGUGGAUUUCCAGCCCUUCACAGCCAGCCCGCAUGUCUCUGCCACGAGGAUCCGCGGUGCGGGCGCUCGGCGGCCAUCCCUGCUCCACCGGAGCUGCAUGUCCUUCUGCCACGACGCCGACUCCCCGCCAGUGCUGGAUGGGCUGCAGCAGGCGGUUCCAGGAAGGGGUUUGGGACCACUCGAUGCCACUGCGAGUCUGAGGUCUUCGUCGGACAGCCGGAGCCCUGGGGAUCUGGAGUCUGCCCAGCAUCCUUCCUUCACGUUUGAAACGGAGACCUCCUCCGACUGGGAGCCCCAGGACUUCGACUUCAGCACUGCCCGUGGCUCCCUGCACUCCCCCAGGACCCUCUGCAAGGCGGUGGUGAAGGGGCUAAGGAGCAACGAGCCCGUGGAGUGGGAAGUCGCCUUUGAUAUCCGCCCUCUCUUCCGAGAGCGGGAGAGCCAGGCGGACGGCGACGCAGACCUGUGGAGCGAGACCUUCCACCACCUGGCAGCCAAGUCGGUCAUCCGGGACUUUGAGCAGCUUGCCGAGAAGGAGUGUGAAAUCGAGCACGGGUCCGGGCGGAGGUACCAGGUCAACGCUGUCCACACCAGCAAGGCCUGCAACGUCAUCAGCAAGUACACGGCGUUCAUGCCGGUGGACCUGAGCACCAACGCCUACCUGCCCACUGUCGUCGAGUACACACACACGGAUGCAGAGGAGAGCAGCCUGUCGCUCUGCAGCACCCCUUCCUCCUCUAGCUGGGAGCGCUGCGGUCUCCCCGAAGGGCCAUUACAGAGCCUGUCUGCUUCCUCUGCACAAGCCCAAAAAUCCAUCGAGAGCCUCUUUGCUGCAAGGCUGACCCUCAAUAAAACCAGGCUGCUGACUCGAGCUGCCAAAGGGUUCAUGAGUAAAUCUCCAAGCAGAGUGAGCGAAGCGAGCUCCGAGGGUGACAAUGAGAACAUAGACUACCUACCCCUGGUGUCUCUGCAGCUGGCCUGCGGUGCCUUUCUCAUGAACUCAGCCUUCUGCGACGCCGUCAACAUCCCCAUGGAGAAGCUGAAGUGGACAUCUCCCUUUGCCUGCCACCGCCUGGCCCUCAGCCCCUCCAGCUCCUACAGCAGCAAGAAGGGCAGUCCCUCCAGGGAGCACAAAAGCCUCGGCUCCGGCCCGCAGCUCCUGGUUCCUGAUGGUGCGCACGGGAAGAGUCCCACCACCAGAGAUGUCACUCUGGGUGGGGUGCCGGAGGGACCCAGCAGCCACGCAGAAGAUGCUGGCCGCCUUCGCCACUUCUCAGGCAGCGCAGUGGAAAGCAUCUCCAAAGCCCUGAAAGCCGAGAAGGAACUCUCUCCACCGGCCAUCACCAUCCGCCGCUUCUCUUCCCCAGAGAGCACGCCGGCCUCGGCCGAGUGGCAAGCUGACAGCGGCCAGGGCUCGGAGAAAGACGGCUCCGAGAUCCAGGCCUUGCUCUUUGACAUUGAGUUGCAGCAGCAGACAGAGCCGGAGGGGAUGCUGUGGGCCACGGCGGUGGCCCUGGCCUGGCUGGAGCACAGCUCAGCUUCCUACUUCAUCGAGUGGGAGCUGGUGGCCGCCAAGGCCAGUCUGUGGCUGAGCAAACAGGACUUCCCAGAGGGAUACAGCCUGGCCACGGUGAAAGCCGCAGCCCAGCAGCUCUUUGUCUUGCUCCGGCACUGGGAUGAAAACCUGGAGUUCAACCUGCUGUGCUACAACCCAAGCAGCGUGUAA